AUGUGUCAAUGGUCGCAACCAAUGGUUUCUUGUUCCACAAAUAAAGGGUUGCUUGACUGCUUUACCCAGGUUCCGUCAUUAGAAUCGUUCCAAUUUACACCUGCAUUAGUUGAAGCUGCUUUGUCUGACCCAACAUGCUCAUCAGUUGGUACAGUUCUGGUCUUGUACACUGGUGGCACUAUUGGAAUGCGCUCUCAUGGCGGCGUCUAUGAACCGGAACCUGAUUUUUUAGUAAAAAAAGUGAUGUCGAUGUCCAUGUUUCAGGAUAAAUCAUUUACUGAGAGGAAUCAAAUUCACGUAAAUUACUAUAAAUCGAAACGAGCUGAAUACAUGGAGACCUCCUCUGAAAAGAAUCCGGCCAGUGGGUCUCAGUGGCCAGUAAUUUGCAUGCCUCCCACAAUUGAAAACCGUCGCAUUUUCUUUACGAUUGCGGAGUACCAAAAUCUCCUCGACUCUUCUAACUGCACGAUAGACAAUUGGAUCCAGAUUGCCAAACACAUCGAAUUCUUUUACGACAAAUUUGAUGGAUUUAUUGUCCUGCACGGAACAGACACUCUGGCUUAUGGAGCCUCAUUUCUUUCAUUCAUACUUGAAGGGCUUCGUAAACCCGUGAUUGUGACCGGUUCUCAAAUUCCCAUCGGCGAACUUCGGAGUGAUGGUAGGGAGAAUUUUUUGGGCUCUUUGUUGAUUGCUGGUGGAGGACAGGUGGUUCCUGAAGUUGCUGUUUUCUUUGAUAAUAAGCUGCUUCGAGGAAACAGAGUUGUGAAACGUUCAGCAACCGACUUGGACGCUUUCACUUCGCCGAAUUACCCACCCCUAGUCGAGAUGAGCGUUGACAUAAACUUCCACCUCUCAAAUAUUCUUCGCUACCCCAGUGAGAGUAAAAAACUCACGGUCAUCGACUCGCUCUGCCGAAACGUUGUUAUGCUGCGUGUAUUCCCCUCUAUCACUACCGAAACCGUGAAGGCCUUCUUCAAGCCCCCUGUUGAGGGCGUGAUCCUGCAAACCUAUGGUGCUGGCAAUGUGCCAGCGAUGCGUUCUGACCUCUUAGAUAUAUUCAAAGAGGCUACAGAAAAACAUGGAAUCAUUAUACUGAAUAUUACGCAGUGUUGGCGCGGAUCGGUUCAGGCUAAGUACUCCACAGGAGCGGUUCUUGAGAAGAUCGGUGUCAUCCCUGGCUAUGAUAUGACCCCUGAGGCUGCCCUGGCGAAAUUGGCCUACGUGCUGGGGUGCUUCAAGGACGCGCCGACGAGGCGGCGCAUGCUCACCUACGAUCUGCGUGGCGAGGUUACUCUGCCACCGGAAGAGGAGACGGCGGAGGUAAUAACCGCAGAGGCGCCCGCCUUUAGUCUGCGGAACGUGGUCAGCGGACAGGCGGGCAUCACCCAAAUAGUGGGGCAUGUUGGCUCUAUCCUCUCUCGUGCCACUGAGGACGGUUCCACCAAUGUCUGGACUCUGCGAAUCCUUCCCUACCUCUUCUGUGGAGCCGCCGAGACUAACGACUGCGAUUUGCUGGAACAGCUCUCCAAUAUAACUCACAGUUUUGAAUUUUGCGACAGUGAGCAAAGACGACCUCUGCAUGUUGCUGCGGCUAAUGGCCAUAUGAAGGCUUGCAGGCUGCUUUUGGAAAAAGGAGCAAAUCCCAACCCCGUAGAUCGGUUCGGUUACACGCCACUAACACAUGCCAUCCGAAGCGCCAAAGCGAGUUCCGAACUCAUCAACUUACUGCGACAGUACGGUGCCACUCUCUCGCCAGUGGAAGUGACGAGAGCGCGAGAGGUCAAUCAUGCCGCCAUGCUGGGCAAAGUUAACCAACUGCGAUUCUACAAAAUGGUCGGGAUGUCGCUUCAAGAGCUAGACCUGGAAGGACGAGCCCCAUUGCACACUGCAGUUUGUCAUCGACAAUUGGAAAUUGUUCGCUAUCUUAUUUCUCCUGAGACCGAAGGAGGAGCCGAAGUCGAUCCCUUGCAGAAGACCUCGUAUGGAACAACCGCUCACGAAGAAGCGCUUCAACGCAACCUUCCUGAAAUCGUCUCACUCCUAAAAGCGCAACCACUCUGCGAGAGGCAAGCCUCACACACGGGUCCAUAUCCUGUGUGCGCGUGCACCAACUGCCCUGAUGGACAACAGCUACACUUUUCCAUUUGUCCCGCUAGUCGUCCAGGGUGCCUCAGCUGCACGGUGACCCACUUACUGUUUGCGGUCUUCCUAGCCUUUCUUAUUGCUGGUCUGGCCUCUACUGCCAAGGAUAAGACACUCAGUGACAUCGACUUCUGCGGCAGUUGCAGUGCAUACUAA